AUACAAUACCUAAGCUUAAGUUUUUAUUUAAUAUUAAAGAAAGCUCAAACAAAGCCAUGCUUUAAAAAGAGAAACUCGCUUGAUUAAUGGUUAACGCCGAUUUUAGUAAACAAGUUUCUAAAAUGAAAAUAAUAUUCUGCCUAAUAUUAGUUCCAACUGUGUUAUCUUUGCAAUGUUAUAAUAGUUAUACCGCAAAUCCACCGUUAGAAGAUCAAGAUGAAUUAUCAAAGUCGAUUAGUGGAAUACCAGAUUUCAAUGAUUUAAAAAGCAUCACCUGCCAAUCCUGUUUAUCAAUAAAGCUUAAAAAUUUUAAAUUUAUUGAUGAUACACCUCGUUCAGUAUCAGUGCAAUCUUGUCUGCCCAUAAACACUUGCAGUGUAUCAUUAUGUGAUAUUUAUAAGAGACGUAAUGUAGAUUGUGAGAUGAGUUGCUGUACCAAAGAUUUUUGCAACUCUAGCGUUAGCUUAAAGGGUUUUCAUUUUUGGAAAUGGCUUUUGUUGAUUUUAUUUGUAUUUUCGUUUCUGCAGUAAUGAUUUAAAGAUUGUA